AUUUAGAAUGAAUUUUUCUGAAGGAGCCUGAUUAUUGACAGGAAAUAGCUUUUUUUCAAAGUGUUCUUGCCUCCAAAUACUUUUGAAGAGCGGGGAGUAUGAAAUUUUCAAGGGGAGGUGAAUGGUUCAUAACAUACUACGGUAAAAGUUAAAAGCUUGUUAAAAGCGAAGUCCUCUCGUAUGUACUGCAAUCUACCGCCAAAAAACCUGUCAAAAGCGGGUGAAACACGCCGUGCGAUACCUGCUAGUAAAAUUUGCAUACAACUCGUUGGUGCAGCACGGCAAAGAGUAAAAACGGUCUUGGACUCGCUCCAAUACUCAGUUGGCGGUGUAACAGUCGCGCGGGAAACAUGUGCUAUCGCAGCUCUGCACGCUGAUUGGCUAUCAAAAUCAAGAAAAACAAAAGCGGUCGCUGAGUCGCUUCUUAAUGAGGAUAUCGUUACUGGGACGUUCGGACUGGACUACUGCGGAAACAUGAUCCAGAUAUCUGUGAUAAUAUCAUCAUUUUGUGUUCAACUAUGCCUGUCCAGUAUUCACAGAGGGGGUAUCCUGUUUCCCAGAGAAUCAGAAACGCGACAAGUGGUUUCCUUGGAUGGAAUCUGGAAUUUCGCUGUUCCGGACACGAAUAAUCCUUUGAUGGGGUUCCAGCAUCAUUGGUACAAAACGGACCUUAGAGAGGUCCCGAAAUUGGAAGUGAUACAAAUGCCAGUACCGGCCAGUUACAAUGACGUCACAACAAAUUGGAAGAUAAGAGAUCACGUAGGCUUAGUUUGGUAUGACAGAACAUUCUAUGUUCCAAGACAUUGGUCGGAUGUGGAAAGAAUAUGGGUGAGAUUCGGUUCUGUCUCAUAUGCUGCACAAGUGUGGGUCAAUGGACACCUAGUGAUGAGCCACGAAAUAGGUCACCUGCCCUUCCUCUCAGAAGUAACCCAAUACUUGAAAUUCGGAAAAGAAAACAGAAUGACAGUAGCUUGCGAUAACACCCUCCUCGCUGACACCGUCCCUCAAGGAAGAGUCUCUGAGCUAGAAAAUGGCCGAUUGCACCAAGACUACACUUUCGACUUUUUCAACUAUGCCGGAAUAGACAGACCUGUCUACAUGUACACCACGCCGAAAACGUAUAUCGAUGAUAUAACAGUAUUUACUAUUGAUGUUCGGGAGUCACAAGCGCUUCUCCAGUACAAUGUCAGUGUCUUGGGUGACGCUGGGAACACCACCUGUAGGAUAAGCCUUUUGGACAAAAAUAAAACUGUAGUCGCUGGUAGCGAGGAAUCAUUCGGCACUUUAACGGUGGAACAUCCCAGAUUAUGGUGGCCAUACCUGAUGCAUCCAGAACCUGGAUACUUGUAUUCUUUCCAAGCGGAGCUGUUAGACGACAAUGGCGACCUAGUGGACAAAUACACUCUCCCAAUAGGCAUCAGAACCAUAACCUGGACUAACACUUCGCUGUACAUCAACAAGCAACCAGUGUAUUUACACGGAUUUGGAAGACACGAAGAUUCUGACAUUCGAGGCAAAGGAUUCGAUGCUCCUCUAGUGUUGAGAGACUAUGACCUCAUUCAGUGGGUCGGAGCAAAUGCUUAUAGGACGUCGCAUUAUCCUUACGCUGAGGAAAUCAUGGAUCUGGCCGAUCAGAGGGGGAUAAUGAUCAUUGACGAGUGCCCUAGUGUUAAUACAGAAUUUUUCUCAGACACUCUGCUAGUGAAGCAUAAGGUGUCAUUAUCCGAACUGAUAAAACGAGACAAAAACAGACCUGCGGUUAUAAUCUGGAGUGCUUCGAACGAACCAAGAACUCAGUAUAGUGCAGCUAAAAAUUACUUCAAGAAAGUAAUCGAUCAUAUAAAAAGCUUGGACGUCUCUAGGCCUACUACGAUAGUUGAAGCUCAAAAUGUUAAUGUUGUGGAAUCUUCGUACUACGUGGAUAUAAUAAGUUUCAACAGAUAUAAUGGCUGGUAUCAAAAUGAAGGCAACUUGGAUAUUGUAGCUUCACUGGUUAUGAAAGAAGCCAAAGCUUGGCAUGAGAAAUUCAAUAAACCAGUUAUUAUGCAAGAGUAUGGAGGAGAUACCUUGGAAGGGCUGCAUUUUGCUCCAUCGUACAUAUGGUCUGAAGAAUACCAAGUUAGCUUGCUGUCCAGUCAUUUUCAAGCAUUUGAUCAGUUGAGGGAGGAAGGAUUUUUUAUUGGAGAAUUCAUUUGGAACUUUGCCGAUUUUAAAACUGCCCAAACAUAUACCAGGGUCGGUGGUAACAAGAAAGGUAUUUUCACAAGAAGCCGACAACCAAAAGCCAGUGCCCACCAUCUCAGACGCAGAUACUGGGGCUUAGCGCAACAGUAUGCAAACAUUUCAUUGCCCGAAGAUCUCUUUAGCUAUACUGUUGCUGUUAAGAGCCAGGAACGUGACGAACUGUGAUAACUUUAGUAAUAAGCUUAGCUGUUAAUAUGUGUGUAUAGUUGAAAGUUGUAUUAUGCAGCCAACCUCAUUAAAUUAUUUUAGUUAAAUCAUCAUUUUUUUAUGUUUUUAUUACCAUUCAACGCUACAAAAUAGGGAUGCAUUGCAAUCUAUAGGCUUCCAAGUUUUCAAGUCACCAUAUUUUGGCUUUUAUACUAGAAUCAAGAAAUCCACAUUAUUUGUGCUGCUCUUUGUGAAGCUUUUUCAUUCCAUUCGCAAGAGCUUACCUUUGAUCAUGAGGAUUUUCCAGCAAAAUAUGCUCCAAUAGAAGGUUACUAAAAACUAACGUCGAAAAAAGUUUCAACUUGGUAUUUCUGGUCAUUACUGAUCUGUACAUUCCCAGUGAACAUAGUGACGACAUAAUUCCGGCAUUUUAAGGCACUAUACUGACGUACGCCGACCAACAAAAAUGACGUAGGAAUUACGUUAUUAUGACGGUCUACUGUCACACCCAAUUGACGUCACUAUAUGUCGUCAUAGUUUGCCCUAUAAAAGACCAAAUACAAAGUCGAUAUGACGUGGAUAUGACGUCUAUCUGAGGUCGAUAUGACGCACAGUCGCUCGCAAAAAUAAUCGCGCGGUAUAUUCAAAUGCUCCUGAAAAACUGACGAGCUAAAACGACGCCCCUGAAGCAGCGAGUUCAGGAGUUGUAGAAAGGCGCCGAAACUCAUAUUCUACUU